AUGGUCCUUUUCAGAAAGGGUGAUCAUGUGUGGCUGGAGACUCAGACAAACAGUGAAUUUAAUGUCCCUAUUGGGGCAGUUGUGAAAGACUCUGACUCAGGACGGAUCUUGUUGGAGGAUGAUGAAGGCAAGGAGCACUGGAUCAUGGCCCAGAACAUGCACAUGGUGCGCCCAAUGCACCCGUCCUCUGUCCAAGGGGUGGAAGACAUGAUCCGCCUUGGGGAUCUUCAUGAAGCAGGCAUGGUGCACAACCUCCUCAUCCGCCACCAGCAGCACAAAAUCUAUACUUACACAGGAUCUAUCUUGGUAGCAGUGAAUCCAUACCAGCUGCUGCCUCUCUACACAGUUGAUUAUAUCAGGCUGUACUGCAACAAGAGGAUCGGAGAGCUGCCACCUCAUGUCUUCGCCAUUGCUGACAAUUGUUACUUCAAUAUGAAGAGGAACAAGAGAGACCAGUGCUGUGUGAUCAGUGGAGAAUCUGGAGCUGGGAAAACUGAAAGCACAAAGCUAAUACUACAGUUUUUGGCAGCUGUCAGUGGCCAGCAUUCCUGGAUAGAGCAGCAAAUCCUAGAGGCCAACCCUAUUCUGGAAGCUUUUGGAAAUGCCAAGACAGUUCGAAAUGAUAAUUCAAGUCGCUUUGGGAAAUACAUUGAUAUCUACUUCAACCGCAGUGGUGUGAUAGAAGGAGCCCAGAUAGAACAGUUUCUUCUGGAAAAGUCACGCGUUUGCCGGCAGGCUCCAGAGGAGAGGAACUAUCACAUCUUCUAUUGCAUGCUAAUGGGGAUGAAUCUGGAGCAAAAGAUGCUGAAUCUGGGAACUGCUUCAGAGUACACUUAUCUCACUACGGGCAACUGCACAUCUUGUGAUGGCCGGAAUGAUGCAAAGGAGUAUGCCCACAUCCGCUCAGCUAUGAAGAUCCUCAUGUUCUCAGACUCUGAGCACUGGGACAUCAGCAAACUGCUGGCUGCUAUUCUGCACCUGGGGAAUGUAGAGUUUGAAGCGGCUGUGUACGACAACUUGGACUGCUCUGAUGUGAUGGAUUCACCACACUUUUCGACUGCAACCAAAUUGCUUGAGGUGGACUCCAGUGAACUUCAGAACAGUCUCACAAACCUCUCAAUCAUUGUCCGAGGAGAAAGUGUGUCCAGGCCUCUGAGCGUAGCUCAAGCUGCAGAUGGGAGGGAUGCAUUUGUGAAGGGUAUAUAUGGACGGAUUUUCCUGUGGAUAGUGAAUAAGAUCAACUCAGCCAUUUCCAACACAACUUCUGAGAAGCCUAAAAAUACGCAUCAGUCCAUUGGGUUGUUGGACAUUUUUGGGUUUGAAAACUUUAGCAACAACAGCUUUGAGCAGCUCUGCAUUAACAUUGCCAAUGAGCACCUUCAGCAGUUCUUCGUGCACCAUGUCUUCAAGCUGGAACAAGAGGAAUACCUUGCAGAGCACAUUGCCUGGAACAACAUCGAAUUCCCUGACAACCACCAGGCUCUGGAAGUCAUUGCACUCAAACCCAUGAACAUCAUCUCCCUCAUUGAUGAAGAGAGCAAGUUCCCAAAGGGCACAGAUGCUACCAUGCUCAUCAAAAUCAAUUCCCUCCAUGGCAAAAGUAAAGUCUAUAUCCCACCUAAGAGUGACCAUGACACCAAGUUUGGCAUUAACCACUUUGCCGGGGCUGUCUUUUAUGAAUCAAAAGGUUUCCUAGAGAAAAACCGGGACACACUGAGUGCUAACAUAAUGCAAAUGGUUCAUUCCUCCAAAAACAAAUUCCUGAGGCAGAUUUUCCAGGUGGAAACAACCCCACCUAGUCUGGGACGUGGGACCAUCCGGCGUCUUGGAAGUGACCAGGCCUACAAGGGCUUGGAUACCACCAAACGGCUCUCUACUCUGGGAGGACAGUUCAAGCAAUCCCUAGAAAAACUCAUGAAAAUCCUUGGUCAGUGCCAGCCAUACUUCAUCCGCUGCAUCAAACCGAACGACUACAAGAAACCCCUGUUAUUUGACCGGGAGCUGUGUAUCAAACAGCUGCGAUAUUCAGGGAUGAUGGAGACCAUUCAGAUCAGGAAAGCUGGCUACCCAAUUCGCUACACCUUUGAGGAGUUCUUUGACAGAUACAGAGUUCUCCUGCCGUGGUCUGUUCAAAAACUGCUGAAGAAUGAUGCUCGACAGUCCUGUAUCAGCAUCUCUGAAGCAGUGCUGGGCAAGGAUGAGAGCUGGCAGGCUGGAGAGACCAAGAUUUUCCUUAAAGAUCACCAUGACACAGUAUUGGAGUUGCAACGACAAAAGAUACUCACAGAUAAGGUUCUUCUUAUCCAGAAGGUGAUGAGAGGAUUCAAGGACAGGAAGCAGUUUUUGAAACAGAGGAAGUCUGCUGUAGCCAUUCAGGCAGCCUGGCGAGGCUACUGCUGCCGGAAGAAUUUCAGAAUGAUUAUGCUGGGUUUUGGGCGCCUGCAGGCCCUCUACCGGAGCCGUCAACUUGCCAAACAGUAUGAAACAGCCCGGGCUCGUGUCAUCAGGUUUCAAGCUGCAUGCCGUGGUUAUCUAAUACGUCAAAAAAUAGUAACGUGGAAGAAAGUGGAACACCUGUCUACUCUGGAAAGAGAUGAGGAGGAAGAAGGACAAAGGAGGAAAGAUGCGUUUGCCAGCAGACCAACAAAUGAUGAUGUUAUCAGUGACCAAGAGAUGGUUGACAAAAUUUUUGGGUUUUUACCUUCUGUGAUCGGAGGCCGAGAAGGACAGGCUCCCCUGGGCUUUGAGGACUUGGAAACAAAGCCCCACAAGCUGGAAGAGGUGGACCUGGACACGAUUCCCAUGAGUGUGGAGCUAGAAGAGGAAACAGAUGGCUUGGAAGAAUACACCUUCCCAAAGUUUGCAGCUACUUAUUUUCAGGGGUCGUCUACACAUACGCACAUCCGGACACCACUGCGGCACCCGCUACUUUACCAUGAUGAUAAAGACAACGUCCUGGCUUCUCUGGUUGUUUGGGUAAUCAUCCUGAGAUUCAUGGGGGACCUACCAGAGCCAGCAAUGUUUGCCAGGAAUGUCACCAAGAACAGUUCCGUGAUGACACAGAUAUAUGACACACUUGGCAGGAAAAACCAGGUCCAGUUCAAGAACGACAGCCCAGGCAUGAGAGAAAGCAGAAAGGAUAACAAGAUUUCCAAGGGUAUCUCUUCCCUGAAGCUGAAACGGUCCUCCAAGUUGACAGGGAAGGUGACAGACCAGCUGAGAAGUGGAGAAGAGGGUUUCCAGGAGGACACCUCGAUCUCUGAGAGACCUAUGUCUAACUUAGAAAAAGUGCACUUCAUCAUUGGCAAUGCAAUUCUGCGCCCUGCCAUCAGAGAUGAGAUUUAUUGCCAGAUUUGCAAACAACUCACUGAAAACAGCAACAGGAACAGCUAUGCUCGAGGCUGGAUACUUCUGUCACUUUGCCUUGGUUGCUUUCCUCCUUCAGACACAUUUUUGAAGUACCUGCUGAAUUUCAUCCACAAGGGGCCCUCAGGCUAUGCACCAUAUUGUGCUGAACGUCUGAGGCGUACCUGUGUCAAUGGAGCAAGGACUGAACCUCCAAGCUGGCUGGAACUUCAGGCAACAAAGCAGAAGAAACCCAUUAUGUUUAAUGUCACCCUGAUGAAUGGCCAAAGCAUCACUGUCCCUGCAGACUCUGCUUCCAUUGCAAAAGAGAUCUGCCAGUUCAUAGCAGAUAAAACCAAACUGAAGGAUGUGUUUGGUUUUUCACUCUACAUUGCUGUGUUUGAUAAGGUCUGGUCACUGGGUGGGGGACGAGAUCAUGUCCUAGAUGCCAUCUCUCAGUGUGAGCAGCUAGCAAAGGAGCAGGGCACGCAUGAACGCAAUGCACCCUGGAGGCUUUACUUUCGGAAGGAAAUCUUCACCCCCUGGCAUAACUCCCAGGAGGAUCCCAUCAGCACAGAUCUCAUUUACCAUCAAGUCAUUCGUGGCAUCCGGUUUGGAGAGUACCGUUGUGAGAAGGAGGAGGAUUUGGUGGAGAUAGGUGCAAAAUAUUGUUACAUCCAGUUUGGAGAUUCCAUCCACAAUGAACUUGUGCAGAAAGUGCUCCAUGACUGCAUCCCAGUGAAACAGCUGAAGUCCAAGCCCCUGGAAAAGUGGGUGAGCCUUAUAACCUACGCACAUGCUAAGGCCCCAUACACACAGGAUCAUAUUUCCCGUCAGACUGUGAAGGAACAACUUGUAGAUUUUGCUCGCUUUCAGUGGCCUUUGCUUUUUUCCAGAUUCUUUGAAGUCACUAAGUUUUCAGGUCCCAGCUUGCCCAAGAACCACUUUAUACUUGCUGUAAAUUGGAAAGGUAUCUGCUUCUUGGAUGAGUCAGAAAAGCAGAUCCUUGAUCUGACCUUCCCAGAGAUAACUGGCAUCCACACCAAUCGGGCAGUGAAAUCAUUUGGACAGAGUUGCACUCUCAUCACACUUCGUGCCGAGGAGUUUGUCCUGACAUCUGUAAACAGCAUUGUCAUUGCUGAACUGGUGGUCAUGUUCCUGGAAGGACUAAAGAAGAGAUCACGAUUCGCUGUGGCAAUGAAUGAGAAAAAAUCCCAAGAAGAUCCUGCCAUCCUGUCCUUCAAGAAGGGAGACUUGCUAAUCUUGACCGAGGAUAAAAGACUAGAUGAAAGCUCUGGUUGGAUUUAUGCCCAGAAUGAAAGGACAGGCAAAACAGGGAAUGUAUUUUUGGAAGAGAUCUACAUUGUUCCUUCUCUCACAAAACCCUCUAGUCAAGUGCUGAGUUUGCUGAUGAUGUCUCCAGACCAGAGGAGGACAGCUUCACAGAACUCCUACAUGGAUGAGCCUGAUGAAGAGGAUCUCGAAGUGAAGCCUUAUACCCUGGAGGAAUUCUCCUAUGAACACUUCAGGACUCCUGAGAAGGAAUCCAUUAGCAAAGCUGUUCUCCAGAAAUCUCGUGGACGCAAUCAGCUGUGGGCACACUCUAAGGAGCCCUUAAAACAGCCCUUGCUGAAGAAAGCAUGCACAGACCCUGAUCUUCGGGACCUGGCUUGUCAGGCCUUCAUUGCCAUCAUGAAAUUCAUGGGGGACUACCCAUCAAAACAGGCACACUCUUCUGUGGAAGUCACUGACCAGAUAUUUGUGGCAGCUAUUCAGGAAGAGGUCCUGCGGGAUGAAAUUUACUGUCAGAUCAUGAAGCAGCUAACUGAGAACAGAAACAGGUACAGUGUGACCAAGGGCUGGCAGCUUCUUUGGCUCUGCACCGGCCUGUUCCCACCCAGCAAGUCACUGCUGAAACACGCCCAGAAGUUUGUGGAGACGCGUAAGAAAGAGCCACUGGCCACGGAGUGCAGUCGGAGGAUUCAGACAGUGAUGAGGAAUGGCUCCAGGAAGUGGGCACCUCAUCCUGUGGAGGUUGAGGCCAUCUUACAGAACAACACCAAGAUCUCACACAAGAUUUGCUUCCCCAAUGAAACAGAAGAGACAUUUGAUGUGGGAACAAAUACCAAAAUCCGGACUCUGUGUCAGAACAUCGCUUCCAAAUUACAGCUGAGCUCCUGGGAAGGCUUCAGCCUCUUUGUCAAGAUUGCAGACAAGGUGAUCAGUCAGAAUGAAGCAGACUAUUUCUUUGACUCGCUAAGGCAGGUGACAGAUUGGAACAGGAGGAAUAAACCAGUGAAAGAUGGGGCUGCUAUGUCUGUGGCUUAUGAAGUGUACUUCAUGAGAAAGCUGUGGUUGAACGUAACUCCUGGGAAGGACCUGAAAGCUGAUUCAAUUUUUCAUUACCACCAGGAGUUGCCAAAGUACCUCAGAGGCUACCACAAAUGUUCCAAGGAUGAAGCUGUCCAGCUGGCAGGGUUGAUUUAUAAAGUGCGCUUUAACAAUGACCGCACACAGUUGGCAAUCAUCCCCAAAAUCCUGAAGGAGCUGGUGCCAGACAAUCUGCUCCGAGCAAUCUCAGCAGAUGAGUGGAAGAAGAGCAUUAUUGCAGCAUAUAGCAAACAUGAAGAAAAAACUGUGGACGAGGCCAAGAUUGCCUUCUUGAAAAUAAUAUACCGGUGGCCAACAUUUGGAUCAGCCUUCUUUGAGGUGAAGCAAACCUCCGAGCCAAAUUUCCCAGAUAUUGUGCUGAUUGCAAUCAACAAGCAAGGAGUCUCAUUGAUACAUCAGAAGACAAAGGAAAUUUUAAAAGUUUAUCCCUUAAACAAAAUCUCCAAUUGGAGCAGUGGGAGCACGUACUUUCACAUGACAAUAGGGAACCUGGUACGAGGAAACCGGAUCUUAUGUGAGACAUCUCUGGGUUACAAAAUGGAUGACCUAUUAACAUCCUAUGUACGUGUGCUAAUGAAUGCUGUAAACAAGCAAAAGAGCCUCCCAGCCUGAAAGCAAAAAGAGAAUCCAUGACCUACAUCAGUGCCAAACUACCUGUAAUUUCAUCUCCCAGAAGAAAAAUUAUUUAAAAAAUAUUAAUCUUGCUGAUCAGUUUUCUGAUCACACACUGAAUUUGAACUGUGCUGCUGAAAUAUUACCACAAGAGAAGCUCCACAGAGCACGUGCUUUCAAAUAUCUUCAGCACUUCUCUUUCUUAGGUGUAGUAUUAGAAUUCCAUUCAGUCUUUGGAUUCAGAGAACAUUUAGCUCUAUUUUAAUCUAAUACUCCAGAUCUCCUCCAUUUUCAAAGAGAGAAACACAUUAACAGAUUUUUUUUUCCUUUUGGACAGAAAAGCCCCCUUAGUUUCUUACACUCUUACCAAAUGCAUAAUUUGCAAAUAAAGGUAACAUCUUUUCCUUCGUACUGGAAAUUCUAAAAGUGGAUAAAUGCCCUUUAGUAGAAGGAUAAUAGGACAGCCUGAAAGGCAAGAUAAUGUUUUUCAUCCUUUUACCACUAGAUUAUGUACUGAAGUUACAGUAGACUAUGACAACCAUUUACUGUCACAAUAUAAAUGUCACUCGUGUGCGAUGCUAAAUUAGUGGGCUGUCCACUAGUUUAUCACUGCCUUGGUUAAACUAAAUAGUUUUCUUUCUCCAACAAUUCAUAAAACACUCAGAAACUAAUAAUUGCUUUCUACUCUGCAAUUUCUCUUAAGCAUAAACAAACUCUGAAAUGGAUCUGGAUUUUCGGCCCAUUACUUCUACUCAGUUGCUCCUAUUUUAAGUUAUAGAUAUGCUUAUUCAGUGCAAAUUGGAACUGAAGAACUCAGUCUAACAGACAUCUGUUGAAAAGAGACAUAUUUCUGCUAUAUAGAAAUGUUCUCAGCUUGGAGUUAUGCAGACACUCAUUCACAAGACAAGAAUGGUAGAAAAGAUCAAGCAAAAUUAAAGCUGUUUCCUGCUUCAGGCACUGAGUGGUAAUUUGAUUCAGCGCUUGUUCACAGACCUUAGUAAAAACACAGCGUUGGACCGUCAGGAACCAGAACACGUAAAGCAUAUGUACCGCAGUGACAGUAAGCCUAGAUGCUUACCCCACCAGAGAACAAGCAGCCAUUCCUCAGUGACAAGCCCUCCUUUGCAUGUGGUGAAACAUGGACAUGUCUUAAAGCAUUUACACCAAGUUCCUUGAGACACGAUCUGGCAGCGCUGGAAAAGCAGCUCUGCUAGAUCUCUCACUAAUUUGCCAAUGUAUGCACAAUGGUUCCCUUGUUUCCCUUGUUUUGGAGUUUUGUACUUGCAUGGCAGGGAAGAGCCCCAUCCUCUCUGUGCAUAUAAAUGAGUGCCACACUUGUCAGAAUAGUUGAUCAUUUUGCAAGCAAUUAGAUAUUCCUGCUGUAAUGUCCAUUGCUGGCAAUGGAAACUUUUUAAGACUAAUGACUUUUGAGUUGUUUUGUCAUCUUAUGUCUGAUCUAACUGACUGUAAGUGAGAAGCAUUCAAUACUUCACCUGUACAAAAAGAAAUUUUGCAUCCAAAAUGUACUGUUUCUGGUUUUUAAAUAAACUCUGCAGAAAAAUCAACCACAAUGUCUUUUUCAACAUGAAAAGUGAGUAUUCAAUCCAGAUCGAUGCAACUUAAAACUGUCCACUACAGUCUGUAAAUGAUCAUAGCAUCUCAUCUACUUUUCAUAUAUGCAAUACAAAUUGUAUGGCAUAACCUCUAAGAGAAUGAUAUCCCUUUUCUGCACAUCUUCAUCAAUUAACACAUCACCAUUGAAGCAACACAUCCAAAAAAUUCAACACAACACAACAUUGAAUCAGAUCUGGGCAAUCCUCAGAGCUCCUCAUGAUGUGUAAUGCUCCAUUGGUCAGCACUGCAAUUGUAAAUGUACUAUAUACAACUUGGUUUUCUUUCUUUUUUGUGCAAAGAUUUAAAAUGUAUUACAAUUAACUUUAUUACAGGAACACAAACAGGUAUAGUAUUACAGUAUUUCAAUCCACAGUCACAUGUCAGGUUAGACAGCAUAAGCAAUGUGUGAUAAAACGAGAGCUCCACACUGUGCAGAAUCUACACUUAUCAUCAAGGCCUGAACCAUGACUAAUAGCUGCUAAUUCUUUUACUCAGUCUGUGCCAUCCUUAGCACUUAAUGGUGCUUUACAGACUAGUGCAACUGCAUUUAUUACAUUUGUCUGCAACCUAUUCCUUCACCAUCUAACCACUGAUUUAAAAGCGUCAGUCACAUCAUCUAAUACAAAACACAACAUCUAGAAGCUUUCUGUACAGAAGGCUGGACAUUUGCAUACAUUGCACAGACUGUUGUGAAAAUAAAGGCUGGGAUGGAAACCCUAGAUAGCAGAUUAGUUUGCCAUAAAGAAAGAUAGCAAGUGAUUAACAUACCCUUUUAAUACAAAUAAGCUUCACAUGCUGUGAUUUUUAAAAGCAUAACCAUUUUCAAGUGUAGUCAGUGAAUAUUAGUCAUUGUAAUUCAGUAUAAAUAUGAAUGUAAACUAUAAAUGUAUAUAAUGAGACAACAGCUUUUAGUCAGUA